ACGAUGACUGUUGUAAGAUAGGAGUCUUAUCCAUUAUCGCCUCUGAUAAUUCGAGGGCCAGAGGAGGACAACGAAAUAUCUUCUUCCCACUCUUUCCUUCCGUUACUUUUCUGGUUGACCUACGUCACGUUUCGUGUAUUAUUACACGACAGAAUACCCUCCAGUGGCUAGCCUGCGGUCUUACCCAAUAGAAGCGGUUUCAAAAUGGCGGUCAAACACGUGUGAGAGCCAUCAGCCCAAAUUUUCUUUCCAAGAAUAGUCAAACAUAGCUAUUGAUACAAUCAUGGACCCGGCUAAGGCACAGAUGGUUGCAGAACUGGAAAUAGAAAUGAUGACAGACUUAUAUAACAGAUUAACUGUGGCUUGUCAGAAGAAGUGUAUAUCUCCAAAAUACAAAGAGGGUGAUCUAACAAAAGGAGAAUCAGUGUGCCUGGAUCGGUGUGUGGCUAAAUAUUUGGAAAUACAUGAUAGGAUUGGCAAAAAACUAACAGCCAUGUCUAUGCAAGAUGAACAGCUAAUGAGUCAGCUUCAAGGUCAGGCACAAGGAGGGAAUUAAGAGGAUCUGAAAAUUUUUAUUAAUUGAAAGAGAUACACUUUGGAAUCAGCUUUGUUGUGAAAGAUCUUGGAAUUUGACAAAACAGAUGGAAGUUACUGUUUUGAGACAGAUUCUAUAUUUUACCUAAGGGCUCUGAAGAGUUGUAUGGAAUUUGUGUAAAUCAAAGAUGUAUAAUAAACUAAUGGACUUAUAAGUGACAGUA